GCCAUGGCGACGCCCGCGGCGCAGCCAAGAUGGCGGCGCGGCCGCAGCAGCCGGGGCGCCCGGCCCCGCCCCAACAGUCUGACUGUCGCCUGGCCAGUGAGAGCUACCUGCGGGCACACCCAGCAGUGCGACUGUUGCUGGGGGGGUUUCUCAGGGAAGUGAUGUUGAAGAGACCGGAAAAUCUCCUGGAGUUCGCAGCAGAGUAUUUCACUGACCCAGAGCUGCCCAGCAAGAUCCAGAAGCAGCUGGAAGAACCGGAGCAGAUGGAUUAAGGGAGAAGCACUGGCUGGAAGAGGGUCGCCUAUGCACGGGGGUUUCUGCUCCUCUAAAUUAGGUUGUUAGUGCCAAGCUAGUAACAGUCAGCAAUACAUGGA